UUGCCCUAUGAUUCGAUCUCUUUUCUUUCCCUGUUUUUUUUCCCUAAAUCAAAAGAAACCUAAAAAUAUAUCUUCCACCAAUCCGCCAAACAAACAAAAUAAAAAAGAAACCCUAAUUUUUUCCCCUUUUUUAAUCUACUCUGCGCAAAUUCCCAAAAGCCCCUAAAGAAUUCCUUUUGUUAAACCAUCUUCAUGCGUGUAUUUCAAAUUCUCUUUUGAUUUGUUUCUGGAAACAGAGUCUCUGUAGGGUUCUUGAUUUGAUCCGAGGUUUUGCUUUUCUUUUUCUUUUUAUUUAAAUUAAAUGGCGAACGGUUCGGAGGCGGAGGAUUUCGUUGUGUUAUCUCGGGUAAGGACGGGUCUGAAGCGUGAAUUUGAGUUUGCUUUGAAGGUUCAAGCAGAGAUCUGUGGGUCUUUGGGUCGAACUCGGUCUAGGAAGGCCCAGAAUGGACCGGUGUGUAGCCCGGGCAACAGGAGUAACAAGAAAUUGAAGAAAGAAGCAAAGGCUGAGAAAGAGAAGAGUGAUUUGGAGAAAUCUGUGAGGGUUGUGGAGGAAUCGGUGGAUUUGAUGAGUGAAGAAGAGGCCAAAAGCGAUGUGGUGGAUGUGGAAGAGCCAAAGAGAGAGGUGGUUGGUUGUGAAGAAGAGGAGUCGAAAAGGGUAGAAGUGAAAAAGGAAGAGGAAGUUAAAAAUGGGGUUAUUGAACCAAUGGUUGAAGAUGUAGUUGACAAGGAAGGAAAGGAAAUAAGUGAACCCGAAAAGGCGGUGGUAGCUUCACAAGAAGAAAAGCAAGAGGAAGAAAGGGAAGAAAAAAAAAAGGAAGAGAAGGAAUCAACAAUGGAUGUUGACAUCAGAGAGAAGGAAAGUGAAUUGGAAAAUGCAACGAAGAAUUUAGAAGAAGAAAAGGGAAAGGAGGAUUUGGUGAUAAAAAGUGAGUCCAGCAAAGGGGACUUGGGUAUGCCGGUUUUAGUUAGUUGCCAGGGUGAUAGUAAGAUGGAGCAAGUGAUGAAGGAGGAGAAGCCUCUACGGAGGUUUACUCGAUCCUUGUUGAAACCAAAGGUGGAGACAGUGAAUGAAACUGCUGUGAAAGAUGCUGUUGUUGUGAAUGUGAGUGAUGUGAAAAGUAGUGGUGAUGAUAAUAGGGUUGAAUGUGUGGAUAGUCCAAUGAAGCGGGAAAUGUGCGUGUCUACUAAGUUUGUGAGAAAUUUCCCUACAAAGUUAAAGGAUCUUUUUGAUUCAGGUAUGCUUGAGGGAGUAAAUGUGAGGUAUGCACGAAGCUCAAAGGUUACAAGAGCUUCGGGGAAUAGUGGGCUUCGAGGAGUAAUCAAGGGCACAGGGAUAUUGUGUUUUUGCACUGCUUGCAAGGGGGUUAAAGUUAUUACCCCUACCUUAUAUGAGAUUCAUGCGGGUAGCUCAAACAAACGUCCAGCUGAGUAUAUUUGCCUGGAGAAUGGGUAUACCCUGCGUGAUGUAAUGAACGCAUGCAAAGAGAAUUCAUUGACCACAUUGGAGAAUGCUCUGCAUAUUGUUAUUGGUUCUUCCAUGAAGAAAUCCAGCUUUUGUUUUAACUGCAGAGAGUCUAUUGGAGCUGGCUCCGGGAAACCUAAGGUUCUAUGUAAUUCAUGUGUGAAUGUAAAAGAGUCUCAAGAUACCUCAACUGAAGUGGCUAAUGCUAGUGAUAGAUCACCCAAACCAACUGUGGUUCCAAAGUCACCUAUCAGUGCUUCAAAAUGCAGCUCAUCACAAACUAAGAGUCAGGGAAGAGUAACUAGAAAGGAUCUGCGGAUGCAUAAAUUGGUGUUUGAGGAAAAAGGGUUGCCAGAUGGAACUGAACUAGGGUAUUUUGUUCGUGGACAGGUUGGUAAAAUGCUUGUCGGUUAUAAAAGGGGAUUUGGAAUACUUUGCACCUGCUGCAAUUCAGAGAUAAGCCCCUCUCAGUUUGAAGCUCAUGCUGGUUGGGCAACUCGUCGCAAGCCUUUUCAACACAUUUACACAUCAAAUGGAGUUUCUCUCCAUGAAUUGUCAAUAUCCCUGUUGAAAAACCGGAAGUUCUCUACAAAUGAGAAUGAUGACCUGUGCAGCAUCUGUUUGGAUGGAGGGAAGCUAUUGUGUUGUGAUACAUGUCCAAGGGCUUUUCACAAAGAUUGUGUUUCUCUAUCAAGCAUUCCAACUGGUACUUGGCACUGUAGAUAUUGCCAGAACACCUUCCAAAAGGAAAAGUUUGUGGAACAUAAUGCUAAUGCUCUAGCUGCCGGAAGAGUUGCUGGAAUUGAUCCAAUAGAACAGAUAAGCAAGAGAUGCAUUCGUAUUAUCAAAACUCCAGAGACAGAAGUUCUCAGCGUCUGUGUGCUAUGCAGAGGUUAUGCUUUUAGCAAGUCAGGUUUUGGUCCUCGCACUGUUAUACUUUGUGAUCAGUGUGAGAGAGAGUAUCAUGUGGGAUGUUUGAGGGACCAUAACAUGGAUGACCUUAAGGAGUUGCCAAAAGGAAAGUGGUUUUGUUGCAAGGAUUGCAAUAGAAUUCAUUCUGCUUUACAGAAAUUGAUAGUUCGUGGGGAAGAGAAGCUUCCUGACUCAUCUCUGCAUAUCAUAAAGAAGAAGCAUGAAGAAAAUAGUUUGGAGAGCAAGGCCAAUCUUGAUAUAAGAUGGAGGGUUCUCAGUGGGAAAAUGACAUCUUCUGAUGACACUAGAGUAUUGCUUUCCAAGGCUGUUGCAAUUUUCCAUGACUGCUUUGAUCCCAUAAGUGACUCUGGAUCAAGUAAAGGUGAUCUCAUCCCAUCAAUGGUUUACGGGAGAACUGUCAAGGGCCAAGAUUUUGGUGGCAUGUACUGUGCAAUCUUAACUGUCAAUCAAGUGGUUGUGUCAGCUGGUAUUUUUAGGAUUUUUGGGCAGGAGGUGGCUGAAAUUCCCUUGGUUGCAACAAGUACUGAAUACCAAGGACAGGGUUAUUUCCAAUGCCUUUUCAGUUGCGUUGAGAAGCUGCUUGGCUUCUUAAAUGUGAAAAACCUUGUGCUUCCAGCAGCUGAUGAAGCGGAAUCCAUUUGGACAAAGAAAUUCGGAUUCAGCAAGAUAACCCAGGAGGAGCUAAACAAAUAUAAAAGAGACUACCAAAUGAUGAUCUUCCAGGGUACAUCAAUACUGCAGAAGCUAGUCCCAGGAAUCCGAUUGAUCGGUAAAUCAGAGGUUGAAUGACUAGUGUCACUGUAGUGUUGGGUUGGCAUAUGAAAUUUUGAGCAUGGAGAAGCUAGUUUUUGAAGAGACUUUUCCUCCUAAAUGUACAGCCCACAGGGUUGUUUUUAUUCUUUUUUUUUCUGUACAGGAAAUAGAAGUCAAUUAGGUACUACAUGUUCUCUUUUUUGUUUUUUUUUUUUUGUUUUUUUGGAUUUGUAGCACAGAAAUGAAAAGCCAAAAAAAAAAAAAAAAAAAGGAGGCCAGGCAGCUUGAGGAAUUUCGAAAAUUUUGAUUCUAUGCAGUUAUAUAUAUAUAUUUUAUAUAAAAAGGCUGUGUUUGGGAUAUAGAAAAGAAUUGUAAGUAUUAAAAUUUAAAAUUUGAAAUUUUAAAUGUUAUCUAUUAAAAGUGUAAGAAUAAUUUAAUAAAUCAAUUAAAUUUAAUUUUGGAUGGUACUUAAUUGUUUCAUUCUUAAUGUUUAUUCCAAAUUUAAACUU